GGGACCGAGAGGCUUCGAGCCGAGCAGUCACCACCACCGCCGCCACCACCGGGUCCGUGCAGGACCGCUUGGCCCCGCCGCGCGGAGCCGCCGCUAGGAGAGCUGCUGCUGAAGCGUUGACUGGGGGCUGAGGCUGGCUGAGAGGGCCCGGAGCUGAGGAAAGACUUGGCCCGGUUCUCUUCCCUCUCCCCCGCCUCGGGCCGGGGGAGUAGCGGGCGGGUGUCGCGGAACAAAGGUCCAGCCUCGGCCGCUCAGCCCGUAUCGAGGCUUUUCCGCAGCCUGAGCUCAUCAUGAAGGCUAUUGAUGAGCCUCCCUAUCUCACAGUGGGCACUGAUGUGAGUGCAAAGUACAGAGGAGCCUUCUGUGAAGCCAAGAUCAAGACAGCAAAAAGACUUGUCAAAGUCAAGGUAACUUUUAGACAUGAUUCUUCAACAGUGGAAGUGCAGGAUGAUCACAUAAAGGGUCCCUUGAAGGUAGGAACUGUUGUGGAAGUGAAGAAUCCAGAUGGAACAUACCAGGAAGCAGUUAUCAACAAAUUAACAGAUGCAAGUUGGUACACUGUAGUAUUUGAUGACGGUGAUGAGAAGACUCUUAGACGUUCUUCCCUAUGUUUAAAAGGAGAAAGACAUUUUGCUGAAAGUGAGACAUUAGAUCAGCUUCCUCUCACAAAUCCUGAGCACUUCGGGACUCCUGUUAUAGGAAAGAAAACAAACAGAGGAAGGAGAUCCAAUCAUAUUCCUGAAGAAGAAUCUUCAUCCUCUUCCAGCGAUGAAGACGAAGAUGAUAGGAAACAAAGUGAUGAGUUACUAGGAAAAGUUGUGUGUGUGGAUUGCUUCAGUGUGGAUAAAAAGAAAGCUCUGUGGUUUCCAGCCUUGGUGGUUUGUCCAGAUUGUAGUGAUGAUAUCCCAGUGAAGAAAGACAAUAUUCUCGUUCGGUCAUUCAAGGAUGGCAAAUUUGUUUCUGUGCCAAGAAAAGAUGUUCGGGAGAUCAGUGAAACUUCACCAAAGCCUGACGCUUUGUUAAAACAAGCUUUUGACCAAGCCCUUGAAUUCCUUAAGAAUCGAACUGUUCCUAGUAAUUGGAAAACAGAGCUGAAAGAAGACAGCUCCAGCAGUGAAGCUGAAGAAGAGGAAGAGGAUGAAAAAGAAAAGGAGGAUAACAGCAGUGAGGAAGAGGAGGAAAUAGAGCCGUUUCCUGAAGAACGAGAGAACUUUCUUCAGCAAUUAUACAAGUUCAUGGAAGACAGAGGGACUCCUAUUAACAAACGACCUGUAUUAGGAUAUAGAAAUUUGAAUCUCUUCAAAUUAUUCAGGCUUGUACACAAACUUGGAGGAUUUGAUAAUAUUGAAAGUGGAGCAGUGUGGAAGCAAGUUUAUCAAGAUCUUGGAAUCCCUGUAUUGAAUUCAGCUGCAGGAUAUAAUGUUAAAUGUGCAUAUAAAAAAUAUCUCUAUGGUUUUGAAGAGUAUUGUACUUCAGCUAACAUUGAAUUUCAGAUGGCAUUGCCAGAGAAAGUGACGAGUAAGCCUUGUAAAGACUGUGAAAAGGAAAAAGAAUUGAAGAUGCGUGAAGAACCAGAGCAGGAAUUAAAAGAAAUAACAGUGGAUAAGGAAGAACGCAAGCAGGAGGAAGUAGCAAUAGUACAAGAAGAAGAAAAAAAGUUAGCUGAGAAUGAUAAUGAAAGUAAAGAAAAUGAUAAGCCCUCUGUUCUGGGAAACAAAAAAAGUUUGCCAGAUACUGUAUAUACUCAGCCUGAUCUGGAAAAGGACUUAAAUGUAAUCAAAAGUGAAGAUGAAACCAAACUAGAAGAUAAAGAGGAGGAGAAGAUUAAAGAACUAGAAAAUCCUAUGGUAAAUGCAGAUGCUGAAGAAAAGGAAAAAUCAGGAGAUGACACGAGUAAGGAAGAAGAUGAAGAUGAAGAAGAAGCAGAGGAGGAGGAAGAGGAGGAGGAGGAGGAAGAAGACAACAAUAACAAUGAGGAAGAAGAGUUUGAAUGCUAUCCACCAGGCAUGAAAGUCCAAGUGCGGUAUGGAAGAGGGAAAAAUCAAAAAAUGUAUGAAGCUAGUAUUAAAGAUUCUGACAUCGAAGGUGGAGAAGUCCUUUACUUGGUGCACUACUGUGGAUGGAAUGUGAGGUAUGAUGAAUGGAUAAAAGCAGACAAGAUAGUGCGACCAGCUGAUAAAAAUGUACCAAAAAUUAAGCAUCGAAAGAAAAUAAAGAAUAAAACUGACAAAGAGAAGGAAGAAAAAUACUCUCCUAAAAACUGUAAAUUGCGACGUUUGUCAAAACCACCCUUUCACACCAGCACAUCACCAGAGACUGGGUCCAAACUUGACAGCACUGAGGCCAAAAACACUGAACAAACUCCAGUUAAAUCAAUAGAAAUUACUUCUGUCAUUAAUGGGCUACAAGCUUCUGAAAGUUCUGAUGAUAGUGAGCAGGAAGAUGACCAAAGUGCCCCGAACAUACAUGCUGAUGGCAAAGAAGAAUCUCAACAUGAACCUGUAAGCCAGGAUAAAAAUGAGCUCUGUCUAAAAGAACAGAGUAGUUCAACCCUUCCAGAAGAAACUAAACCUCUGACAGAUGUAGGAGUCCACAAGUCUGGAUCCAAGUCUCCUGAAAGAUUGAGAAAAGAGUUGGAAGAGCUAUCUGAAGAUACUGAUUCUGAUGGAGAGGAUGAAGCCACAAAGAAAAGAAAGGAUGUAAAAAAGGAGGUAGUGGAUAAAACAGCAAAACCACAGGUAAAGCGUGGUAAGCGAAGAUACUGUGUUGCAGAGGACUCUUUAAAGACUGUGUCACCUAAUAGAAAGGAUGAGAAGUCCAAAAACAAAGACUCCCUUAGUUUAGGAAACAGCAGUAACAGUUCAUCAGAUGAAGAUGAGGAAGAAAAAUCUAAACUGAAAAUCACUUCAACUAAAAAGUAUAAUGGACUGGAGGAGAAGAGGAAGUCUUUACGGACAAGCGCUUUCUACUCAGGGUUUUCUGAAGUGGGAGAGAAAAGGAUAAAGCUUCUAAAUAACUCCGACGAAAGACUUCAGAACACCAGAAUGAAGGAUCGAAAAGAUGUCUGGUCAAGUAUUCAGGGACAGUGGCCGAAGAAAACGCUGAAGGAGCUGUUUUCGGACUCUGACACUGAAGCUGCUGCCUCCCCUCCACAUGCUGCUCCUGAGGAUGCUGCAGCAGAGGAGCAGCUUCAGCCUCUUGCAGAAGACGACAUUUCCUUGCCUGGGUCUGAACUUGAAAAAUCUUUGCCAGCCAGUGUGGACAUUAAACCUGUUGAGGAGAAGCCGACUGAAGCAGGUGAAAAGAAAGUUGAAUUUCCAAGCAGUGGCAGUAAUUCAGUGCUAAAUACUCCUCCUACAACUCCUGAAUCGCCUUCAUCUGUGACCGUAACGGAGUCCAGUAGACAUCAGUCCAGUGUCACUGUGUCUGAGACCCUGCCACCAAAUCAAGAAGAGAUACGAAGCAUUAAAAGUGAAACUGAUAGCACAAUAGAGGUGGACAGUGUUGCAGGGGAGCUGCAAGACCUCCAGUCUGAGGGAAAUAUUUCUCCAACAGGUUUUGAUGCCAGCGUCAGCUCCAGUAGUAGUAAUCAACCAGAGCCAGAGCAUACUGAAAAAGUCUGUACAGGCCAAAAAAGACUUAAAGAUGCUCAGGGAGGAGGCAGCUCCUCAAAAAAGCAGAAGAGAAGCCACAAGACAUCUGUGAACAACAAAAAGAAGAGUAAAACUGCAAACAGCAGUGACAGUGAAGAACUAUCUGCUGGUGAAAGUGUGUCCAAGUCUCAGUCAACAAAAUCUGUUUCUACUAGCAUGAAAUCUCACCAAACCAAAUCACUUACAAGAACACAGUCCCCAGGAAAAUGUGGGAAAAAUGGAGAGAAGGAGUCUGAUCUCAAAGAACCGAAUAAUCGUUUGCCCAAAGUUUACAAAUGGAGUUUUCAAAUGUCCGACUUGGAAAAUCUGACUAGCGCUGAGCGCAUAACAGUCCUCCAAGAAAAACUGCAGGAAAUCAGGAAACAUUACCUGUCCUUGAAAUCUGAGGUGGCUUCCAUUGACCGAAGAAGAAAGCGCUUAAAGAAGAAAGAGCGGGAAAGUGCUGCUACUACAUCAUCUUCCUCCUCAUCACCUUCUUCUAGUUCCAUUACAGCUGCAGUUAUGUUAACUUUAGCAGAACCAUCUAUGUCAAGUUCAUCACAGAAUGGAAUGUCAGUUGAGUGCAGGUGACAGCAGGACUUGCCAAAGCACUUUGCACUUAAUGGCUGCUGAGGGCCACUCUUUUUUCUUUUUUUUUUCUCUUUUUUUUUCUUUUUUUUUUUAUACUGCACAGUGGCACAAAAUUCAGACAAGCACUAUUUUGUAUUUAAAGUUGUUUCUUGACAAGCUAACUUUGCACUUAAGUGCACUUUUAUGAAGAAAAAGUACAACAAACUGCUUUUCCUCAAGCAAUAAUUGUUUCCAACUUGUCUGGGAAUUGUAAGUCUAGUGACUCGAAGGCCUUCCACUGUGGCUGGCAAAUGGAGGCUGUUCACUGCCUGUAGAGACAGGACAAUAAGCAUAUAGUUGUUGAGUUGAUCUAAAUAAAUGUGAUCAGGCUUACUCUAUUCCCUCAUAUUUUGUUAAAGCUGGAACAUUUGAUAUUUUUCCAUUUAUUUAUGACAAAUAUUGAACCUAUUUUCAUUUGUACAAGCUAAUUGUUUUUUAACGGCUAAGUCACCUUACAGUGGCUUUAAUUGUAUAUGUCAAGCACAUGUAUUCAAUUAAAAACCUGAAAUUAGUAGGAUGUUUGACAUCGGUCCUCAUAACCAAAUACGAAGAUUCCUUUAAAACAAACAAACAAAACCACAAUA